AUUACGUUGAAACGAAUGCUCACAAACUUCUACUUGUCAAUUCUACGCAUUAUAUAAGACCCGCCAUGCAUAACAAAGUAUCGUACACUCACAUCCAUAACAAAUUAAAGUAACUUAAUUGCAAGUUCUUGGAUUGUUAGCCAUGGCGGAAGAGGGAGUGAAGCUUCUGGGAUUCUGGGCAAGCCCUUUCGCCCUGAGAGUUCGCUGGGCUCUGAAGCUCAAGGGAGUUGAAUAUGAAAACGUGGAAGAAGAUCUCAUGUCGGGAAAGAAGAGUUCUUUGCUGUUACAGUGCAACCCGGUUCACAAAAAGGUUCCGGUUCUGGUGCACAACGGGAAUCCGGUGCCGGAGUCGCUGGUGAUUCUUGAGUAUAUUGAUGAGACGUGGAAGCAGAACCCUCUCCUCCCGGAGGAUCCUUAUGAGAGAGCACAGCUCCGGUUCUGGGCAAAAUUUGCCGAUGAGAAGUGUAUCCCGGCGGUGAUGAAAGCGUUUUCGUCGGAAGGAGAAGAGCAGGAGAAGAACGCGAAAGAAGCUCGCGAGUAUCUGAAAAUUCUCGACGGCGCCGUCGGCGACAGGAAGCGCAGUAAGCAGAUAGGGUUCAUGGAUGUUGCAGUUGCCUGUGUGGGACAUUGGGCGAACAUUACCGGGGAGAUAAUUGGGAUGAAGCUUGUUGAUGAGGAAGAAACGCCAUCGUUGGUUAGAUUGUUUGAGGAUGUUCUUGAAGCUGCUCCUCUCCUUAAAGAAUGCACGCCGGAGAAAUCCAAGUUGCUGGAGCUUAACACACAGUUUCGCAUGAUGUUGUUGGCCAAACCUUAAAAUGCCCCAAAUGACUUUCGGCUCGUGUUGACGCUAUUAUAUUGUUGGUGUGAUUCUGUGUGGUGAUAUUUUCAUAAUUAUAUUUUAUAUUUUGUGAGUGUUCUUA